AAUCAGCCAGAGAGUGAUUUCCUGUGGAGGACAAGUUCAGAGCUGAGGAGCUGCUGCAGACUCUCGGAGUUCGCCUUCAGAGCGCGAGCAGAACUUCUGCAGAACUUUAGGAACUUUUACACAACUUUCUUCACCAGAACUUUUGGCUACAGCUUUUAAUUAACUUGCUCGUGCGUUGGUUGUUGUUCUUCUUCGUGUUGUUUUGUUUUUCUUCUCUGAGAGGAGGAGGAGGAGGAACUCUGACUGACUGGGCUCGAGCGCAGUUUUGCUGUCAGCUUUGUGGAGCUGGACACUUUUGGACAAAAGCAGGAGAGCUGCGCGCGAGCGGGUGCAGUAAGUGCUCGGACAGCAUGUUUGGACAGAGCUGUGAAAGUGGUGCUCUGAGCUUCUGAUGAAGAGGAGGAGGUGAGGAAGAGAAAGAGGAGCGGAACCGUUAGAAGUUUCUCCUCGUGCAGGAGGGGAGCGAAGGAUAUGCGUUAGCCGAGGAGCGCGUGCUGCGUGUAGAAGGGUAGUUUCUGGUCACCUGGCUUGCAGCUCCAGAGCAGAUGUGGGAGGAGGAGGAGCACAGCCCCAGUGCCAGCUUGCCUGAACCUCCAGAUGGGGCCUGUCCUGCCCCUGAGACAUUGCCAGAGGAGCCCUCUGCUGCCCCCAGCUCAGGUGGAGAUGGAAGCAGCCACACCCCAGCCCAGGAGCUUCCCCCACAACCUACGCCCUCCGUGCCUCCUACGCCCACCAUGCCCCCAACACCCCCCACAUCCCCUACGCCCCCCAACACGGAGAAACCAUCCAAUCCAGAGAAUGGCAACAACAACAACAGCCUGUCACAGCCGGACUUCUGCAAGACACCCAGCAAAAGCAUAACAUGUCAACCUCAGGCCAGGUCCACGCCCUUGCCUUCAUCUUUAUCCAGCUCAUCAGAGGCUGCUGCGCUCCUGAGGAAUGGCAGCAAGCCCAUCACCCACCAGGCUCACAGUAAUGGAGUCAAGAACGGAGCUCCGCUACUGCGGGCGGUGUCUUCGUCCUCCUCCACUUCAACGGCGCCUCAUAAGAACACAAAGAAGCUGCAGUCGAACCCAUCCAUCAACAGCCAGAGUAGCAAGAGGAGCAAAGGGAGCUCCAAGUCUAACAGCUCCCAAAUCCCCACAGAGGCCCAAGAUGAUUGCUGCGUCCACUGCAUCCUGGCCUGCCUCUUCUGCGAGUUUCUAACCCUGUGUAACAUCGUGCUGGACUGUGCCACCUGCGGCUCCUGUGCCUCGGACGACUCGUGCUUCUGCUGCUGCUGUGCCUCGGAGGAGUGCGGUGACUGUGACCUGCCCUGUGACAUGGACUGCGGCAUCAUCGACGCCUGCUGCGAGUCCGCCGACUGCCUGGAGAUCUGCAUGGAGUGCUGCGGCCUUUGCUUCUCCUCAUGAGAGCCCACUAGGGGGCAAUGUGUCAAUCGCACGGGACUCUUGAAACUUUGUGGCGAUAUGGGAGCAAACCAGGGCAGAACGGAACCAAAGAACACAAACCGAAGAAAUGCAAUCAGAGCACUUGUGGAUGGCCUCGGAGACUGUAAGCAAGUGAGGAACUCUGUCGCUUCAAGAGUUUUCAGUUUGCGUUUGGAUUUUGCGUAAUCCUGGAAUAUUUCCUGCACAUUGGAAAUCUUGGACUGUAUCGGUCGAAUGGGUUCUCCGUAGAGCAGUGGCAAAGAACAUCUACUUUUGAAAGGACAAGAUGUUUCAGUGGUUGGUUCUUAAAAGCUCUCAACUUACACAAAUGUGUUCUUUUAUUGUGACUCCUUUUAUUGUGACUGGACAAUAUCCCAUUCAAUGAAAUUCUAUUAAAUCUAUGCUACUAUAUACCUGUAAAACCAAAAUGUCCAACCAUUCUAGAGGUUCUGUAAGGGUAUUGUUUUAAGAAUCCUUUUUAAGCACUUUCAUUUUUUUCAAAGUUCCUUUUACACCAAUGACUGUAGAAAACAUGGACAGUGCAACAGUGUCUUUUGAAAGUGAGGCCAUCACAGAUCUAUCAUUGGAGCCUCUUUUUACUGUGCUAUAUCAUAAGAUACAGGGGUUGGACAAUGAAACUGAAACACCUGUCAUUUUAGUGUGGGAGGUUUCAUGGCUUAAUUGGAGCAGCCUGGUGGCCAAUCUUCAUUAUUGCACAUUGCACCAGUAAGAGUAGAGCGUGGAGGUUCAAUUAGCAGGGUAAGAGCACAGCACAACAUUAUAUCUGACAUAGCAGAGAGGACAAAUUGUUGGUGCACGUCUUGCUGGCGCAUCUGUGACCAAGACAGCAAGUCUUUGUGAUGUAUCAAGAGCCACGGUAUCCAGGGUAAUGUCAGCAUUAACCACCAAGAAGGACGAACCACAUCCAACAGGAUUAACUGUGGAUGCAAGAGGAAGCUAUCUGAAAGGGAUGUUCAGGUGCUAACCCGGAUUGUAUCCAAAGAACAUAAAACCACGGCUGCCCAAAUCACGGCAGAAUUUAAUGUGCACCUCAACUCUCCUGUUUCCACCAGAACUGUCCGUUGGGACAAUAAAUUAUUGUGGUCUAAUUAACUAUUGUGGUUUCAGUUUCAUUGUCCAACCCCUGUAUGUCAAGGUUAGGCCCAAUCCCAUUUCACCCCUUGGCCCUACCCCUUACCCUUGUCCCGAUUCUUUCCCGUUCCACCUUAAAUGGUGUAACAGAUGGCAGAAUUUGCAGUAUUUAAGGAAAAAUGGAAAAAUAACAUCAAAUAAAAGCUAGGUUACUGAACUUUGGCGCUCCUGAUGUCUUAUCCAGUGCUUGAAGAGUUGUCCCAAUUCUUAGGGGGACAAUUUCAUGGGGUACUUAGGGGUACACUCGAAAAGAAGGCGGAGGGGUAAGUGGUAGGGCCAAGGGGUGAAAUGGGAUUGGGCCUUAGACUGAGGAUAAACUGAUUGACAGGCAGUCUUGGCUGGAACUGCAAGUCUACGUUACAUGGAGUAGCUGAAUUUUUACUAACUGCACUUUUACUAAUGAAACAUUACACAUUUCUGGACAAACUGGACAAUCUGUGUUUCUAAGAGAUACAUUUAUUCUUCUUCUGGUCCUUUAGAAUAUUCUGUAAACUCAGUGAAGGCAGUCUGAGACACACACUGGGUCUGGGAGAAAGGGAAGGCCUCCCAAAUAAGUAGACCACUGACUCUGGAUUUGCCUCUGGUCUCGUCUGCAGACUUUAGUUGCAAAUUCGACAACAUGGCUGACAGUUUUAGCUUUGUUUUAAUAGAAAAAAGGAUACAGAACCACAGCGUCUAUGUUUUCUUCAGUCAUUGGUUUAAACAGUUUUAACUUUCUGGUUCUGAGACUUGAUCUGGAUAAUAAUAUGGGUUUAUUCUUUGCAACCUUGGACCAUUUUUGGAGAGAAAAGGAUUUCCACAAUGUGCUGUGGUGAACCAUCCCACAACAGUGCUCACCACAUCCAGUGCAUUGAAUUGCAAAUCAGUGGCUUUAAAAAACAUGAUGUCACCUCUUCAAAGCAAUGCAAAUUCAGAUCGUCCGGGAAAAACGUAACCAGAGAUCAGACUCGAUUCCUUCGGUUUGGCUACACUGAUUACACUCUCUGUGUGUUUAACCAUCACUCAGCAUAGACCACUAAAAUCAUCCUAAAGUGCAUCUUUCUUUUGUCCUCUUUAUGCCCAUAUUUGCAUUCUGGGUCUGUCUAGUUCUGCAUUGUGUUUACCUGAAACGUUGAAUGGUAGAUAUGGGGAUGAUUCCAUACCCAAAUUAAUGGCGUUCCAAUUAAACAUUCCAAUAAUUGUACCCUAAUUCAAAACAUUCCCAAAAGACAUUUAGCUAAACCACAACUGGUUUGACAAUCAUUUACCACCAGUAUUUUAUGGUGGCAGAUCUAAUCCAAAUGUCCUACUUUUGUGUAACAGUUUAUCAUUUUUAGCAUUGCCACCGGUUAGCAUUGUUAGCAAUACCAGUUGAUAACAACAAAAACCCUAUGGAAACAUGUCCACAUAUAUAAAAUUUUGGCCUAAUAGAAGAGCGUAUGUAUAACUGUCUAAUGCUACAACUUUUACUACUGUUGAUUUGCAGGGCAGCCAUCUUGGAUUCUGAACUGAAGUGAGGCUUUCCCAGCUUUCCUACUGGAUCAUCCUUUCAUAAUCACCAUUCAAGAAGGAUAACAAACCACAAUAUGAUAUGACUACUGGCUACUGCCUGCUUUGCCUUGGUGUUGCUUACUGACACUUAAUGCCAUGUUCACACCAAGUCCAGCCCAAAUCUGAUUUUUUUUUUGCAUAUCUGGAUUCAAUCCAAAUUGUGUCCAUCUUUGAUAAUCUGGACAGCCUGAAACCAUGUUAAAUAAAUUUUUUAAACUAUAUUUGCAGGUGGGUUUGAAACAUGAUUACAAUCGUAUUUGCACAGUCUGGAUGUUCUGGACGGUCAGAUCGGAUUUUCGAUUGCCUUUUGCAUCAUUCACGAUGCAACAAAUAACAACCUUAUCAAAUCCCGACUGACAAAACUUCCAGACCUCGUUACCACAGCGACACAUAUAGAUACAGUAUGUUCGUAAUGUCCAGACACGCGAAUACAAUCGGAUCAUUUGCAAUAACAGUGUGGACGGUCAUCUGUAGUUCUGUAAAUCCAUAUUCUGCCAUUUUUAUCUUCUGUGGUUAAAAGGCGUCUGUUUUGUGUGUGUGUGUGAGGCUUGUGUGUGUGUAAAGUCGCAGCUUGCUCUUCCCUGAUUGGCUGGACGCAGUGCAGCGGCCAGAUUCAUUUGAAUAAAAUUGAGCUUUGUUAAACUUUUUCGCCGACUCAACGCAGCGACUCUCUCCAUUGAAAUUAAUAGGAUGCGCUGAGGCUUAAUUGCUAGUGGACACGUACAGUAACUGAUGCGCAAUAGCAUUAGCUUACAUGUAGCAUUAGUAAUAGUAUUGCGACUUAAACAAUCUCAUCGUUUAAAAGUUCCAGUGAACAGAGCGUGUAGGGUUCUAAACAUCUGUAGUUUGUACAGAAUGUGACCCCAUUCAUUCUGCUAUUGAAAUUUAAAAAGUUAGACCCAGAAUGCCAAAUAUGGGCAUAUCAAGAUGGCACCAAAUGACGACCUUUGUUGACUAACAAAGGUUGUAACUUCAGUGGUCUGUGUCGACAACGCUUUCCAGUGCAGUUGGCCUCCUCAAAGUAUGUACAGUUACUGUAGUGGCACACUGCUGUAGUCCUCCAGCCACCAGAGGCGCUGUUUCCCCUUCAGCUGCAGUUUUACGCAGGAUUACUGAAGCCGUAAUUUGUCAGAUCAGGACUUGGCACAGAACACACGGGCGUGAGCUGGAGGAAGGGCUGUGUUUAUUUAAUAUUUGAUUUAAUUGCAAAUCGGAUGGAAAUGCACAUUUCUAAUAAUGCUAAUGAUGCUCAAACAUGUGAAUGGAAAGGGCCGGUACUGUCGGUAUCUCAUCCCGUGAUUUUUGGUCUUCCUUCUCUUUCUCUCUCUGUGUUUAAUUUUCAUUUAUUUGAAUUAUAUAUUUUUGUAAUGCUGGAGAGUAUUACUAAAGCCCUAAUCAGAAUGCUUUGUGAAUACACUAUGGAAAGCAGUAUUGGGAGAUCUUCUGAUUCAUUGUUUCUUAUGAAAUUGAGAGUAUUAAAAAAGGAGUUUGUCCUGCUUUUGUUGGAGCAACUGUCUCUACUGUAUCUGCUGUACUGUAGAGCACUGCUGUGAGUUAUUUCUUUCCAAACUACUCUUGCACUCUGGGAGUUUUACAGGGUCUAUCAAGUUUAUUCCCAGUUCGUUCUCAUAUAGUUUUAAAAAAAGUAUUUUUUUGGCUGUGUUUUUGCAUCAUGUUUAUAAUAAUUAUACUAUUUUUUUCAUCAGAACUUUGCUGGGUGUUCAAAGAAACAUUUUAUUUUGAUUCUCCCCAUCCACCCAGUUCAGUGAAGUUUCUCCAGCACUAAGGCUGGGUGCAGCAGCAUUAGCAUUAGCUGCUAAUGACAGGGCUAGUGCCCCCUGAUAGUGCAAGACUGAGAAACAAAGAUAGAGUCUUCAGAGUGUUCCAGUAAGCCAGGUUGAUAUUAGCUAGACUCGCAGUCUACAGUCCAAUAUACUCACCUCUGAAUGGUGAAAGAGCUAGAGCUGUGGUUAGCGGCUAAAGCUAAUGCUGCUGAACCCAGCCUCAUUGCUGGAGAAACGUUACUGAAAACUCACCCUUAUAAUAAUGUACUUUAUUGAAGUAGCUUUACUGCUCCUUAAUACCUGACUGGUAAAAUUCAUACAUAAAGUGCUCCAGAUUAUAAGGCACACUGUCAUUUUUUGGGAAAAUUUACGGAUUUUAAGUGCGCCUUAUAAAGCGAAAAAUAUAGUAUUUCAUUUUGUCCGAUUAGUAUGAGAAAAAAAAAAUCAUAGUUUUCUUUUCCUGUUUUCAAGUAUUUCAUUUCUGAUCAAUUCUGAUUUUUUACUUUUUUAAAUCAUGUAAAAAAAAGUAGGUUAAAAUUAUAGCAUCACAUUUGUUAAAAAAAAAUGUAAAAAACAAACAAACAAACAAAAAAAAAAAAAACAAGGGGAAAAAAAAUCUAAAAAUAUUUUUCUCAUUUUCCAAAUAUUAGAUCGUGAUGGACAGAAAAGGAAAAAUAGAGAAUUGGAAAAAUGAUUUUCAGUAAAAAAAAAAAAAAAAAACUUUUUUCUUUAGUAUGCCAAAUGGGAAAAUUAAGUUUAAUACCUAAUUUUUCAUUUUCAAAUGUACACUCAAAUAGUCCAGAUAUAAAUUCUUAAAAUAAAAAAAAAAUAAUAAAAAAUCUCAAAUCAAAUGACAAUUUUUUUU